CGGGGGGGCGAAAGGCAAGGCAGUUGUGGAGGCGCAGAAACGAGGCUGUGAUACCCUCACGCACACUCCCACUCACUGCACUUUGAGAAGGAAGCGGGCACACCUCCAUUUUGGUCAUCAUCCAUUCUUGUCAGGGUUCCCCUCAGGCAGGAAUGAUGGCUUGGUAGUUUGUGAGCUGUGACUUGUGUUUUGUUGAAGAGGUUGACUCCUUCACUGGAAUUCCAUCUUUCUUUUUGGACUCUCAACUCUCGUACCCAAUGCUGACCGAAGCGUGCGGCGCCAUGUCGAUGGGCUCGGAUGUUCGAGAUCUGACUCUCCUGUCUCCAAGCCCCCAGGUCCCCUCCCUAGGUGGGGCAGGAGGUGGCUGUGGCCAGUGGACACCACUGUUGGACCUCCAUCCCGGCUCUCCCUACAACUCCCUGUCCUCCCACCACUCCUUCAUCAAGCAGGAGCCGAGCUGGGGGGUCGCCGACCCUAUCGAGGACCCCCACUGUGGACUCGGGGCCUUCACGUUGCACUUCUCGGGCCAGUUCACAGGCUCGGGCCCUUGCCGGGUGGGGACCUUUGGAGAGCCGGCGGCGGUCCAGCCCAGGGUUUUUCCCAAUGGAACCUACCUCCCCGGCUGUGUGGACAGUCCUCCUGCACCCAGGAACCAAGGGUAUGGUGCAAUGGGCUUAGACGGGAACCCCAGUUACCCUCACACGGCGUCUCACCACCCCCCCCAGCUUUCCAGCCUGUCCUUCAAGCACGAGGACACACUGUCGCCACCAAACAACAUUGUUGAGCAGCAAUACCCCCCUCCUCAUCCACCUCCUCCUGCCCCACCUGUGUUCGGGUGCCACAAUCCUGCAGAAUCCUGCCCAAGCAACCAAGCACUACUGUUGAGAAACUACAACGGUGAUAACCUGUACCAAAUGGCGUCUCAGCUGGAAUGCGUCACGUGGAACCAGAUGAACACGCUUGCGUCUUCCAUGAAGAACAGCCACACGACCAGCUAUGACAGUGAUCCCAUACCCCCGCCCCCUCCCAUGCUGGUGAGCGCCCAGUACCACAUCCACACGCAUGGCGUGUUUAGGGGGCUUCAGGAUGUAAGACGAGUUCCCAGUCUCGCUCCACCAGCUGUAAAGUCAUCCGAGCCCAGUGAGAAGCGUCCUUAUGUGUGCACCCAUCCUGGUUGCAACAAGCGGUACUUUAAACUUUCACACCUGCAGAUGCAUGGAAGGAAACACUCGGGUGAGAAACCGUACCAGUGUGAUGUCACAGAAUGCGGCCGCAGAUUUUCUCGAUCAGACCAACUGAAGAGACACCAGCGCAGACACACAGGAGUGAAGCCUUUUGAGUGCGAGACAUGUCAGCGCAGGUUUUCACGGUCAGACCACCUUAAGACUCACACUCGGACUCAUACAGGUAAAACAAGCGAGAAGCCGUUCACAUGCCGCUGGUCAAACUGUCAGAAAAAGUUUGCCCGCUCCGACGAGCUGGUGCGCCAUCACACCAUGCAUCAGAGGAACCUGACCAAGCUGCCGCCUGCCAUCUGAGCCAGGAAGGUGGCGAUGCAGUGUGCCAGCCAAUAGAGCGAGAGAGCCAGGUCAAAGGUCGUGGUGCUUUGCCAAAUGUGCAUAAGUGGAGGUCACAGCUGAUGCCAAUCCACCUCGACCACAAGGCACCCGUAUGGCCCGCAAGAUGCAACUCAGCCAGCACUCUUAUUGGGUCAUCUCCACUGAGGUUACUACCAUCUUAUAAUUGAGCCCAGAAUUUCAAAAAAGACGACACAAGGAAACAGUUGAUGUUCUAUUUUUGAUAUCAUAGCACACUUGCACUGUUAUUUGGGUUUUCUUGUAAGUGCUGAAUCGUGUAAACUGGAUUUAGGAAAUGGACAGCAGUGAUUUGUGGGGGAUGUAAAUACAUACAAUGCACGCCUAAUAACUUUGUACAUAUAUGAUGUACGUAGAUGCUUACUUUUAAAGACAUUUGUUUUGUACGGUGUAUUUUUUUAUGUCUCUAAAUGCUGAACUACAUCAUU